UUUGUUUUUUUUGGAACAACGCAUUUGAGUGAGAAAAUCCAAGUUAUUCUUUAAAAAGCAGAGUGUCAAAAAGAUCUUUCCCAAGUCUUAAAGUUAAGUCGUAAACCAUGUCUACCAGUCCAAAGCCAGUAAAGAAAGUUCCCAUUCAUUUACAGAGUGCUCAAAAUCGCAUUUACAUUAAAAAUGGCCAAAUUGUUAAUCACGACAAAACAUUUAAAGCCGAUGUUUACAUCGAAGACGGAACUAUCAAGUUUGUUGGACCUCCCACGGAAAUCAUCGUACCCGGUGGAGUGCGCAUCAUAGAUGCUGCUGGUAAAUUGAUAAUGCCAGGUGGAGUUGAUCCUCAUACUCACUUUGAGUUACGUGUCGGUGGAAUUAUGUCGGCAGAUGAUUUCUAUCAAGGAACGAAGGCCGCAGUAUGUGGAGGAACCACCACAAUCAUCGAUCAUGUCCUACCCGAAAAGGGAGAGUCCCUGGUCGAAGCCUAUGACAAUUGGCGUUCAUGGGCUGAUCCUAAAGUAUGCUGUGACUAUGCCCUGCACAUGAGCUUAACAUGGUGGUCCAAAUCGGUUUCAUCUGAAAUGAAAAUUAUGUGUGACGAAUUAGGUGUGAACUCUUUUAAAAUGUCGAUGGCCGGUAGAGGUCAGCUGGGCGAUUCGGAAAUGUUGGAUGCUUUGGAGCGUAUACGUUCUUUGGGCGCCUUGGCUUUGGUUCAUGCCGAGAACGGAGACAUAAUUACCAAAAAUGUCGGCAAAUUAUUAUCAGCUGGAGUUUCAGGUCCCGAGGGCCACGAACUGUCGCGACAAGAGGAAGUUGAGGCGGAAGCAGUAAAUCGCGCCUGCAUAUUAGCACAUCAGAUGAAAGCGCCUCUGUACGUUACAUCCAUUACAUCAAAGUCAUCAGCCGAAAUUGUGGGACGCGCUCGUCGCAGCGGCUAUUGUGUGUUUGGUGAAACAUUGGCCAGUUCUAUUGGACGCUCCAUGCAUGGUAUUCCCAAACAUGAGCGUGUUUUCUACACUACCAGUCCUCCAAUUCGUGAAUCACCGGAAACUCCAAGACAACUAAUGAAGUCAUUGGCUUAUGAUGAUCUCCAAGUAACCGGCAGCGACAAUUGCACCUUUAAGAAAGAAGAUAAAGCCAAGGGUAUGCAUGAUUUAUCGAAAAUUCUUUGUGGCACCAAUGGUGUGGAGGAUCGUAUGUCCCUUGUUUGGGAGAAAGGUGUACACGCAGGACUUUUUGAUCCCAGCCGUUUUGUAGCCGUCACCAGCACCAAUGCUGCCAAAAUUUUCAAUUUAUAUCCACAAAAGGGACGCAUAGCCACCGGAUCAGAUGCUGACUUAGUUAUCUGGAAUCCCAACGCCACCCGCACCAUUUCCAAAGAUACACACCAUCAUAAAACCGAUUUCAACAUUUUUGAGGGCAUGGUCUGUCAUGGAGUACCGGAAAUGGUAUUGGUGCGUGGACGAGUAUGUGUUGAACAUGGCACAGUGCGUGUGGCUGAAGGUUAUGGCCGUUUCUUAAGCCCUGAAAUCAGAUCGCCCUAUGUCUAUGAUGUGCUGGAGGGGAAGGUGAAAUUGAACGAAGAACGUAAUGGUGGUGAGGACCAACAUGAGGAACAGUUAAAUGGGGAUAUGAGGAAAAUGAAUAUGAAAGCUCUGGAGAUUGAGAUACCAUAUCAAGAAUCGUUAUCGCCAUCUCAAGGUUUGGCUGCGGCAGGAGGUGGUUCAUCGUCGUGUGGCAUUAAUUCCCCAUCUGGGGUGGGUCAUGUUCAAGGAUCAAGGAAUAUGCAAGAAUCGACAUUCUCAAUAAGUGAGGAACUGGACACAACCGGUAAUCGCUCAUGCAUUAAAGUACGAAAUCCCCCUGGUGGCAAAUCAUCUGGAUUUUGGUAAUUUUCGCUGUUGGAUGGAGGAUGACAUUCUAUUCGCACAAUAGAUCUAAGAAAUUUUCACAAAAAUCAUUGGAAAGGAAUUUAUCAUAAGAUACCCGGAAACACACACACACUCACUCACACACACGCAUUCAUACAUACGUAUAUUUAUACAAGCGAUUAAGAAGGAGUAUUCUUCAUAGGCAAAACAAAAACUGAUAGCAAAGGACAACCCUUAAUUGACCAAUUGGCCUAUUAUUAUUUAUUUUAUUGUUUUUUUUUUUAUUUAUUCUGAUUAGCAUAUAAUUAUUAUUAUUAUCUAAUAUAAAUGCAAAUAUACAUGCUUAGAUGUAAGUACAUGUUAAACCCAUGACAACACUUAAUGCUAAAUACCAAAAUCAAAUUGUUUGUUUUUUUUUUUUUUUUUUUUUUUUUAAUCAAACACCUUCAGUAUGUGUUAUUUAUUUUUGUUAAACACUAUUAGGGGAUUUAAAAUUUUUCGAAAUAUGCAAAAUAGAGUCCCAUUAGUGCAGCAGAGAUAUUCAUGUGAAUUUAUGUCGAAGGGAGUCGUAUGGAUGAGCAAUGAGCAAUUGUACAUGCACAUGUGUUCAGUGUAACCAACUGGAGGGCAGGUCAGCUUCUGGUUUUACAACAAUGGCAAAUUUCAAAUAAUUAGCAUAAAUUUAUUUAAAAUCACCCAAAUGGGUUUGAAUUGAGUUGUUUUUAUUUGUUUAUUCGUUUUGUUUUUAUUGUUAAUGCCAAAAUAUUAACAAGUCCAUUUAAUUUCAAGUGCUUUAAACAUUUAAAAUUCCAUUAACCGUUGAUGAUAUGUUGAUGCUAGAUGACGACUGAUCAACAACAAGUGUAUAUCGUUGAUGUCCAACAUGCGUUAUUGGAGUUUGCAAUGGGAUCUCUCCGAAAUUGAAAGAGAUCUAAAAUCAUAAAAACACCCUACAUUUCCUUUGAGCGAUAUUGAAACGCAUUAAAAGCCCAGAGGAAACGCGUUAACAAAGAAUGGUAGUUACCAUAAACCAAAUACACAAUAUUUAAGGCUUUUUCAUAUUUUUUACUUAAAUAUAACGAAAAACAAAACUAAAUAAGAAGAGACAAAAAAUAACACACCAUUAUUUACUCGAGCAUAUUAACCAUUAAAUAUGUAUUUAUAUUUAAAUUAACAACAUAGACUAGUAAAUAAAUACAUUCAAAAUAA